AAAAAAAUCUCUGCCCAUCGCCAUCACUCGCACUGCGCAUGCUCCAGUCUCGUAACCCAGGCGGACCAAUGAAAAGAGAUUAGAAGGGGAGGAAUUGCAGUUGGGAAACGGAAACAAAACAUCACAUCAGGAUCUGAAGGAGUUGCCCCAUUUAUUGUAACCUGAAUAUCAUUGGAUUUUGAACAUGGAAGAAAAAAGCACCAUUCACAGUGGAGAGAAACUGUACACAUGUUGUGUGCGUGGACGAGGCUUCAGCCAAUCAUCUGACCUAUCGAAUCAUAAAUGCAGUCACACUGGGGAGAAACCGUGGAAAUGUGGGGACUGUGGGAAGGGAUUUAAUUACCCAUCUGAGCUGGAAAAUCAUCAGCGGAGGCACACUGGGGAGAGGCCGUUCACCUGCUCUGAGUGUGGUAAGGGAUUCACUUGUUCAUCAACCCUGCUGCAACAUCGACAAGUUCACACUGAUGAGAGACCUUUCAAAUGUCCAGACUGCAGGAAGUGCUAUAAAAGUUCCCGGGAACUGACUGGCCAUCAACGUGUUCACACUGACAAGAGACCGUUCAGGUGCUCUCACUGUGGGACUGGGCACAAGACAUUAUCCAACCUCACUGUGCACCUUCGAGUUCACACUGGGGAGAGGCCGUUCACCUGCUCAAAGUGUGGGAAGGGAUUUGCUCAUUCAUCUCACCUGCUGACACACCAGCGAGUUCACACCGACGAGAGACCUUUUAAAUGCCCAGACUGUGGGCAGUGCUAUAAAAGUUCCCGGGAGCUAAUGUUUCAUCAAGGUGUUCACACUGACAAGAGACCAUUCAGGUGCUCUCACUGUGGGACUGGGUUCACACGUUCAUCUGAUCUGAUUGUACACCAGCGAGUUCACACUGGAGAGAGGCCGUUCACCUGCUCCGACUGUGGGAAGGGAUUCACUCGGUCAUCCCACCUGCUGACACACCAGCGAGUUCACACUGGAGAGAGGCCAUUCACCUGUCCUGAUUGUGGGAAGGCAUUCACUCAGUCAUCUAACUUGCUGACACACCAGCGAAUUCACACCGGAGAGAGGCCGUUCACCUGUUCCGAGUGUGGGAAGGGAUUCACAACCUCAUCCAACCUGCUGAAACAUCAGAGAGUUCACGAGUAACUACAGUGAUUGAAUUUUUCGUAAUCACAUCCAGGACUGGGCCAUAUUCAUUUGGAUCUUUCUCUGUUGAUGUUAAUAAACUCCAGCCCAGUUAUAGGGGCUAAUAUUCUGGAUAAAAGUCUAAUAAAUCAGCUUUGUGCUCAACACACAACUGUCAGGUCUUUUUAAUAUCUCUAACACAGGUUAAUUCAUUUUGAAGGGCUCUCCCUCUCCCAUCUCCUCCAUCCUCACCUCCAACAACAAGUGUGAGGAAUUGCAGUCGGGAAACGGAAAAAAAACAUCACAUCAGGAUCUGAAGGAGUUGCCCCAUUUAUUGUAACCUGAAUAUCAUUGGAUUUUGAACAUGGAAGAAAAAAGCACUGUUCACAGUGGAGAGAAACUGUACACGUGUGUGUGGACGAGGCUUCAGCCAAUCAUCUGACCUGUCGAAUCAUAAAUGCAGUCACACUGGGGAGAAACCGUGGAAAUGUGGGGACUGUGGGAAGGGAUUUAAUUACCCAUCUGAGCUGGAAAAUCAUCAGCGGAGGCACACUGGUUUGAGUGUGGGAAGGGAUUCACUUGUUCAUCAACCCUGCUGCAACAUCGACAAGUUCACACUGUUGAGAGACCUUUCAAAUGUCCAGACUGCGGGAAGUGCUAUAAAAGUUCCCGGGAACUGACUGGCCAUCAACGUGUUCACACUGACGAGAGACUGUUCAGAUGCUCUCACUGUGGGACUGGGCACAAGACAUUAUCUGACCUCACCGUGCACCUUCGAGCUCAUGGAGGUCCUUUGUCACUCAGAUUGAGACAACCCGAUCAGCUGCCUCUGCUGCUUCCCUCCCUUCCACUAGCUCAUCGGGCCAAACUGCCCCUUGUCCAAACCCUGAACUCACUUCUUUCUCCUAUUUCUCUCCUGUCUUCUAUCUCCCUUAGAGGUCAUCUUGCUCGUGAGACCCACCUUCUGCUCCCUUGACUCUAUUCUCACUAAACUGCUGACCAUUCAUCUUCCCAAUGUUAUCUGAUAUUUUUAACGGGGGUUCUCUCUCUCUUUUGGCACUGGCGCUUUUACCUUUAAAUUCACCGUCAUCACCCAUCCUGAAAAAAAACCACUUGACCCCACCAUCCUGGUAAACUGCCACCCCCUGUCUGACCUCCCUUUCCUCUCCAGACUACUUGAACUUGGUGUCCCCCAAGGAUCUAUCCUUGGCCCCUCCUAUUUCUCAUUUACAUUCUGCCUCUAGGUGACAUCGUCCAAAAGCACCAUGUUAGGGUUCACAUGUACACUGACAACACCCAACUCUACCUCACCACCAUCCCUCUCCAUUCCUCCACUGUUACUAAAUUAUCAAACUGCUUAUCCGACAGAUGAGCAGAAAUUUCUUCCAAUUAAGAAUUGGGAAGACCAAAGCUGUUGUCUUCAGUCACCACUUCAAAUUCUGUCCCCUAACUAAUGGGUCCAUGCCUCUCCCUGGGAACUGGCUGAGGCUGAACCGCACUGUUCCCAACCUUGGUGUCAUAUUUGACCCCAACACGAGUUUCCAACUAUACAUCCACACCAUUAUUAAUACCCCAUAUUUCAAUCCCCAUAAUGUCACCUGUCUCCAUCCCACCCCAGCUCAUCUCCCGUUGAAACCCUCAUCCAUGCCUGUGUCACUUUUAGACUUCACGAUUCCAAUACAUUCAUGACCAGCUUCUCACAUUCACCCCACCUCAAAACAGAAACAUGAGAUCAUCCAAAACUGCUGCAUUCUCAUGCCAAGUCCCAUUUACACAUCAUUCCUGUGUUCCCUGACAUACAUUGGCUCCUGGUCCAAUAAUGUCUCGAUUUUAACCUUUGCAUCCUUGUUCAGAAAUUCAUUCAUGCCCUCAUUCCUCCUUAUCUCUAAUUUCCAGCUGCACAACCCUCUGAGGUAUCUGCACUCUUCUCAUCCGGUCUAUUUAGCAUUGCUGAUUUUAUUUACUCCAACGUUGGUGGCCACGCCUAGGUGUGAAGCUCUGAAAUUCCCUCCCUAAACCUUUCACUCUCUCUCCUGAUUAAAGUUGCUUAAAAUCUGCCUGUCAAAUCAAGGUUUUGGCCAUCUACCCUAAUAUUGCCCAGUGUAACUUGGUGUCAAUUUUUUUCUUUCUGAAACUCCUCUGACCUUAUGAUACUUUAUUAUAUUAUGUAAAUACAUGUUGUUACUGUU